UUUGCAAAGCAAAGCGACUCUUUAAAGGGUUCAUAUCAAAAGUUCCUGCUUCCGACCAUCACGCCACCGGAUACGCAAGCCCUAACUGUGUUUGCCAGACUUCCCUUGGAGCUGAGGCGCACUUCAGUUUGAUCUGCCUGGAAGUGCGAAUCAAGUGCAGACAACGCGAACUCAUAUUUCACUCCGUCCCCGAGAAGGUCGCGCAAAGACGAAAGCUAACAUGGUUCGUUUGGUCUUCAUUUUCCUUUGGCUCCAGAAUUGUUGGGAAAAUUCAGGGGUUUGGUCUGAAACGCCAACGUUUUGCGACGGCGGUGCGUGCUACAGUUUGCACUGGGAUGCGGGCUCAUUUGUGAGGACAAAGGAGAAGUGUGAAGCUAAGAAUGGGUUCCUCACCUCCAUGGCCAGUGAGCGCGAAGCAAGGAGCAUUGAGCGGCUUUUAGAGACCAGCGUGGAUGUGGCGCCCAGACCGCUUCACCUGUGGAUUGGACUUCACAGGAAGGUCAAGCAGUGUUACAUUGCUGAAAAGCCGUUGCGUGGAUUCCUAUGGGUCAGUGGCAAUGACCGCUCUACCUACAACGCCUGGACCCGGGAACCAUUGAGGACGUGCACACACAGGAGAUGCGUGGAACUUGUGGUAAACUUCACAACGCGAAUACAACUCAAGUGGAAUGAUUCAACGUGUGACCCCAAAAGAAACGAGGGUUUCAUCUGUAAGUACCCGAUGUGCGAAAGCCUACAGACUGACAUUAGAAACGUGGUUUAUAAAACCCCUAACAAUGCAAGCCAAUUCUUUCCUCGUGUACCUCGAGGUUCGGUAGCAACCAUUAUUUGUGCCAACGGCAAGUCAGUCGCUGUGAAGUGUGAGCUACAGCAGGGGCGAGUCAACUGGUCUUCGUCCAGAAGCUUGGAAUCCCUGUGCAACAACUGUCUGGAAGUUACAAGUAAUGGUUCUUGUCGAUUUGGAUGCUUUCAGUCGCCCCGAGACUCCUUCUGUUUGUGCGACAAGGGUUUUUCAGUCAACCUCCAGCAGAACCAAUGCGUUCCCGAGGGAGACUUGGAAUAUGGUUUUAACGUGACGUCCGGGACUUUCCCGAAAGACAGCGAGGACCCGUCUGCCAACACUGUCUUUGUAUCAGCCUCCCCGGUAUCAACAUCUCACUUAUCCAAUCGCGCUGAAAAUCCCGCGGCUACUCUUCCUCCCACUGUUGGGAGAUCCGAACCUGAAAAACGGGAGGCACAUUCCAACCUAAUAUAUCAGGUUAUUAUUGGGGCCCUCGCUCUGAUGCUGUUGGUCGCGGUUGCGGUGAUAAUUAUCAGAGAGCGUCGUUACAGAGGUGCCCGGAAAACGGGAAACAAUGGACUUCGAAUAGAACCCAAACGUGUAGACACUGUUCACCAAGAGCACGACAGAGUCCAUGAGAAGACCGUUAUAAAUGGUAAUCACUACAUGGAUACUCCUUCAGCGAGUGAGAACGAAAUUAACGAACCCAAGGAAAAUGGUGAAUUGAGAGUUUCGGUGGCACAAUGAGAAACCGCGUGCUGGCGCUUUGCCUGAAGCUGUGAUCCAUGACUGGGCGAGCAGAUUCUCACUUCAAUACACAACAGAUUUUGUUCUUUAAGAGUGCAACGACCGUUUAAAGUGACCAAUACAUAGAGGAAACAGUAAUAAUACCAAAAUGCUUCUAUCAACUGAAGACACAGAGCGCUGGAUUAGCUUUGCGAGUCGUGCAGCAUUUCUGGAGAACGUGGACAAACGAUGUUUCG